AUCGCAAUGCUGCUGCUUGUAAUAUCUCGAACCGGGCAAUAAUGGCGGCGGGAGCAGCAGCAACGUUAUCCCCAUUGAUUGACCUCACGACCCUCCACUCCUCGUUCUCACCUUCUGCAAAUUUCUCAUUCCCUCACCAAACUCUUUAUCUACACCACCGCACCCCUCGCAUAAAGCCCAUAAUCAGCAUUUGUCACAGCAAGUUGAACAGUUCAAUCGGCCCAGAAGCAGAUGAGAUUGAUGAAGCUUUCUUCGAAAUCGAUGAUGUGGCCGAGGAGGAGAGCGACGAGGAAGAUACAGAGAGCAGCCUUGAUUUGUUAGUCAGGUUCUUGCAAAGCAUGUUGAAAAAGGUCUCCAAGCGUGCCAAGAAGGCCUCCCGCUCCGUUUUGCCAGCCAUAAUACCUCCCCAGCUGGUAUCUUUUGCAGUUGAUGGCAUUCUGCUCUUGGGUUCACUAUCUAUUGUGAAAGCACUUCUUGAGGUGGUCUGCAACCUUGGAAGCACUGUGUUUGCAGUGAUCUUGCUCCUGCGUGUUAUAUGGGCAAUUGUUUUUUAUUUCCAAUCAAGUGAGAGCAGCUUUAACCAGGGUGGAAGUUCCUUUGGAGCAACACAGCCUGUUACAUAAUUUUGACCAUUUGUUGGAGAGCUCUCUUUCCUGAAUUUCCUCCAGAAUAUCACUCUUUCUCCUCCUUUGGUCUUCUAUAUAGCUACAUGACUACCAGAUUACUUUUCUUUUUUGUGGCUUUAAGUUGUGUAGAUAUAAAUAGGCAGUAUAAAUAUGCUUAGGAAGUGAUUCAAACUGCAUACUAUUUGAUUUAUUAACUGAACAGUCUAAAUGGUUCAUCUACCCUGUUGGAGAUAGAUGUACGCAUGUGAUGAUUUCUCCACUUCGAAAUAUAUGACAUAAAAUUUUGUACUUGGAUUGUA